AUGAAGUUAGCAGCUUGGAACUGCUGGGGUCUUGGAAACAACCCGGCAGUUUGGGGGCUUCUGAAUUUUCAGAAAUCUGAGCAAGUGGACAUUCUCUUUCUGUCUGAAACAAAAAUGACAAAGAGGAGGAUGGCACGUUUCAAGCAGAUGCUGAGCUUGGGAAACAUGGUGGUGGUGGAUGCGGUAGGUAAAAGGGGGGGAAUUGUAGAGUUUUGGCGGAGUGGAGUCGAUGUGUCGCUUCGAGGAAAAUUGAAGAAUCAUAUUGACAUAGAAAUAAAAGAUGAGAAUAAUACCUGCUGGCGGUUCAGUGGUGUUUAUGGCGAAUCCAGGGCUGAGCUGAAGCACGAGACCUGGACGCUGAUGCGGCGGCUGUUCACGCAGCAGGAGAAUAACCCGAUGCCUUUGUUGUGCACGGGGGAUUUCAAUGAAAUCUUAUUUCAUCAUGAAAAGGAGGGUGGUACUAUCAGAUCACAAGCUUGUUUAGAUAGGUUUAAAGAGGCGUUGGAGUUCUGUGAGCUGGAGGAUUUGGGGUUCUCAGGAGACGUUUUCACCUGGAGAAAUAAGCAGUACCGCGAGGAGAACUAUAUUCAUGAAAGGCUGGAUAGAGCUGUCGCUAACGGGACAUGGAGAGAGCGCUUUCCUCUGGUUCAUGUAAAAAAUGGAGAUCACUUCCAUUCAGACCAUCGACCUAUCGUAGUAUCACUUCAAGGUCAUCAAAGAUCGGGGAUUCCCCGGAGAGGUGGUCGUGCUUUCCACUUUGAGGCGAGCUGGUUAAAGGAGGACAACUGCGAGGAAGUGGUGAAAAGUGCUUGGCUGGCGGGUAGCAGUUCGGGAGGGGGUCUGGUGGCCGAGAAGUUGAAAAUGUGGUGGCAGGGCUGCAGACCUGGAAUGUGA